AUGGCACUGCAUUUGGGAGUCUUUCUGAUUUGGGCUGGUGUUUGUAUCUUUCUCCAACUGGACCAUGUGGACGGAGAUCAGCAGCAGAUUGUAAAUGACCAUUCAUCUACAAGGAAACCAGAUAACAAAUGUGUCUUCCCAUUCAAGUAUCAAGGCAGACAGUACUACGAUUGCACUAGGACUGAUUCCUUUCAUCGUUGGUGUUCCUUAACUGAAAAUUACUCUGGGAAAUGGAGAUAUUGUGUUGCUGAGGACUACGCCAAAUGUUUCUUCCCCUUUGUCUACCGUGGCCGAACAUACCACACUUGCACAACUGAUGGGAGUUUUUUUCUCAUUCCUUGGUGCUCAGUCACUCCCAACUAUGACCGUGAUGGAGGUUGGAAAUAUUGCAUGUGAUAAAAGCAACACCGUGUUAAAUUGCUCUCCAGUGCAUCUAACCCAUGACCAUAAAUGUGAUCAAGUCUUUGAAACAUAACUGAAGAAAAUCAAGAAAUCUCAAGCAUGAAGGUGAUGUUCUGUGCAACACGGGUGCAAUCCUUUCCCUGAAAGUCCACUUUGUUCCCACCGUGC